GGGGGGGGGGGGGGGGGGGGGCAGGGCGGAUGGGGGAUCUCACGCCGCAGCCGGUCUCCCCCGACGAGAUGCUCCUUUUUUUGGUCCACCCGACCAAUCGGACGCAGCGGCUGGAUUCUACGGAAGCCGGGAUGGGCCCUUCGUGGCGGCAGCAGGACUGUCCCCUGCCGACCAUAACGCAUUGCGCAGGGUGCACCACCACCACCGAGUCCUCCUGCGGCUUUAACGCCUCUGACAUGGAGACACCAUUGCAGUUCCAGCUGGGCUUCUGCUCCGAGCAGCGGCAGCAGCACGGCCAGGACAAGCAGAGUCUUCUCCAGCAGCCACAGCAGCAGAGGCCAUGCCCCCAGUGCAACAACUGCACCUACUAUGGGGCCGCUGCGGCAGCAGCGGGGGAUAACCUGCCCUCGCUGCUCCGCACUUCUUCGCCCCUCUCGGGCGCCUUCAGGACUCAUUCCUCGCCGCUCUCCGCCUCCUCCCGGCAGGGCAGCCAGUUGAACGUCAGCGAGCUCACCCCCUCCAGCCAUGCCGGCUCGUCCAGGCAGCCCCACCAGUACCACCAGUGCCAUAGCCUGCAGCAGCAGCAAGCAGCCAGUCCCAGCAGCAGUGUCAGCAGCGGCAGCACCCACCAUCACCACUACCAGCAGCGUCGGGAGAGCAAUCCCUUCGCCGAAAUAGCCAUGAGCAGCUGCAGGUACAACGGCGGCAUCAUGCGGCCGCUCAGCAACCUGAGCUCAUCCCGCAGGAACCUGCACGAGCUUGACUCCGAGUCUCAGCCGCUCCAUCCGCCGCUCGCCAGCCCCAUAGCCGCUGCCCCGGAGAUCGUGGUCUCCAAGCCCGAGCACAACAACUCCAACAACCUGGCGCUCUACAGCUCCGGCGGCGCGAACAACGGCGGGGGCAAGUCCAGCAAGAAGAACCAGAACAUCGGCUACAAGCUGGGGCACCGCCGGGCGCUCUUCGAGAAGCGCAAGCGCCUCAGCGACUACGCGCUCAUCUUCGGCAUGUUCGGCAUCGUAGUCAUGGUGAUCGAGACAGAGCUGUCCUGGGGCGCCUACACGAAGGAGUCUCUGUAUUCCCUCGCUCUAAAAUGCCUUAUUAGCCUCUCCACGAUUAUCCUGCUUGGGCUCAUUAUUGUAUACCAUGCAAGGGAAAUUCAGUUAUUCAUGGUGGACAAUGGAGCAGAUGACUGGAGGAUAGCCAUGACUUAUGAGCGUAUUUUCUUUAUCUGCUUGGAAAUACUUGUAUGUGCUAUACAUCCCAUACCUGGGAACUAUACGUUCACGUGGACAGCCCGGCUUGCCUUUUCUUAUGCUCCAUCCACAACAACAGCUGAUGUGGAUAUUAUUUUAUCUAUACCAAUGUUCUUAAGGCUGUAUCUUAUUGCCAGAGUUAUGCUUUUGCAUAGCAAACUUUUCACUGAUGCAUCAUCUAGAAGCAUUGGGGCGUUAAAUAAGAUAAACUUCAAUACCCGCUUUGUUAUGAAGACCUUAAUGACAAUAUGUCCGGGAACUGUACUGUUGGUUUUUAGUAUCUCAUUAUGGAUAAUUGCUGCGUGGACUGUCCGAGCUUGUGAAAGGUACCAUGAUCAACAGGAUGUUACGAGCAAUUUUCUUGGAGCAAUGUGGUUGAUUUCAAUAACAUUUCUAUCCAUUGGAUAUGGUGACAUGGUACCUAAUACAUACUGUGGGAAAGGAGUCUGUUUACUCACUGGAAUCAUGGGUGCAGGGUGCACUGCACUGGUGGUAGCUGUGGUUGCAAGGAAGUUAGAACUUACCAAAGCUGAAAAACAUGUGCAUAAUUUCAUGAUGGACACCCAGCUAACUAAAAGAGUGAAAAAUGCAGCGGCCAAUGUACUCAGGGAAACAUGGUUAAUUUAUAAAAGUACUAAGCUGGUUAAAAAGAUAGACCAUGCAAAAGUAAGGAAACAUCAACGAAAAUUCUUGCAAGCUAUUCAUCAAUUAAGAAGUGUAAAAAUGGAACAAAGGAAACUAAACGAUCAAGCCAACACUUUGGUGGACCUGGCAAAGACUCAAAACAUCAUGUAUGACAUGAUUUCUGACUUAAAUGAAAGAAGUGAAGAUUUUGAGAAGAGAAUUGUUACUCUGGAAACUAAACUGGAAACUUUAAUUGGUAGCAUUCAAGCUCUCCCUGGACUGAUUAGCCAGACAAUCAGCCAACAACAGAGGGAUCUCCUCAAGGCUCAGAUACAAAAUUAUAAACAUGUUGCCUACAGUGCUGAGCGAUCAUGGUCUUUGUCAAGAAGGAGAUCCUCCUCCACAGCACCAUCAACUUCAUCAGAGAGUAGCUAGAAGAGAAUAAGUUAACCACCAAAAAAAAAGACUUUUUGCCAUCAUAUGGUCAAUAUUUUAGCUUUUAUUGUAAAGCCCUAUGGUUCUAAUCAGUGUUAUCUGGGUUCUGAUGUCAGAAUCCUGGAAACCUGGACACAAAAUUUAAGGUCAAAAUGAGUGAAAACUGUGUCAUCCCCCCCUCAGAUGCACAGAGAAUGCACUUCUUAAUGCUAUAUUAGAUUGUUACUCCUGUAAUUUCACUAACUUUUUAUUCAUGCACUUCAAACAAACUUUAUUACUACAGUAUAUAAUAAUAAUAAUAAGGUGAAUUUCUGCACAUAUUUGCUUGGUUACUUAGACUUUAACAGUUAAAAAAGAGACUUAAUAC